UUCAGAUACUAAACCUGUUGUCUCAGACCAGCAGUGGAACUGUAUACAGCUACAUUCCUGAAGUCAUUCAACGGGAUCAGUGCAGCUUGGUGCUGGUGCAUAGGACAGAGGGAUCUCUGUAUACCCUGUACACCGAAUACAGAUAUUUUAAAGCAAGAACACAAAGAAUUGUGCAUUAUUGUGCAUAAUAUAUGCAUAAGAUGGACACAAUAAAACAGGAAAAUUAUGCUCUUCUAAAUGAUGAAUCUGACUUAGAAGACUUUUAUAAAAGUGAUUCUACAGAUAAUAAGCCUCAUGGGAAAACAAAUAUGAGAAGUAAAAGGACAUGGAUGCAACCACAGUGGGCAUGCCAGACAAUUUUUAUAAUGGUCCUGGUGUUGUCACAAGUUGCCUUAUGUGUCUUUGUACUCACACAAAACAUGGACAGGAAAGCCUCUGACAUGGAGAAAACCACAUUGCCGACCAACAGAUUUGAUAUGAACAUUAAUAAAAGCAGCCUGAAACUUGAGAAUGGAACCCAGUUGAGUGUGAAACCAAAGAUGGAACAUUUACAGCCUGAAUUUCCUAACAUGGAUCCAGACGUUCUGAAAAGGGUUCAUUCACUGGAGACUAAUAUUAAAUCACUAAAAAAGGCUGUUUCCAGUCAAGGAGAGGAAAUAAAAACUCUACUAUCUAACCAACAAGCUCAAGGACAAAAGGGUUUGGAACUAGUUUUCUCACAAAUUGCGCAGCUCAGAGAUGAUAUCUACUUUAUCGAAAAUAAUUUAAACCGAACAAAGGAAGAACGUUUUGGUGAAGCAACUAUUAAACCAACAAGAAGAGUCAUAGGUCAGGCAUUGACAGAGAGCCUUUUGACUGCAUCACAGAUUUCAGAUUUUACAAAAAAGACAGAGACCACUGUGCAGCCAGUUACCAAGUGGAAAGACAAUCCUGAAGAACUGGAUCACAUAUCAGUGUCGUUCCUCAAAAGUCGAGCAGAUUUUCAGGUAUUUUUCUAUGGUGCUGACAAAGAUGCAGAUGGAUAUCUCACAUAUGACGAAAUAAAAAAUGUCCUGGCAGAAGAGGUUCCAAGAGAGGAUUUGCUACAACAUUUUGAUAGUGACCAUGACAGACUGUAUUCCUACACAGAACUCAUAGGAACAUUCUUUCUGAAAGAUUAAAAGAAGAUGAAGCAAAUAGAAGGAAGAAAACACAAGAAGAUGUAGUCAGAAAAAGGCUGCAUACAAUUCUCAAAACUGAUAUUGCUGUUACUGUAAACAAAAUGUAGGUGUCUUUAUUUUUAAAUGAAACAAAUAGCGAACAUUUUACAUGUAGUCUAUGUAAAAAGUUUACAACAAAUAUUAGAAUAAAUUAGUUGUUUUCUAGUUUUUGAUUUCAAUAAAUGUACAACAUUACCCUUCAGUUUUAAUGUUGGUAUUUUAUUCUUGGAUAAUGGUGGUUGUCUUACAGUUCAAUUAAUGUACAAAUUGCCUUGCAAACUUUUACAGCUUGAAAAAUAAGUAUCUGCCUUGUACUUUAUGCUGGUAAAAAUAAAUAACAAUUUAAUUGGAAUAUAACUUUA